AAUUAGGGGUGGUCAACAAUGUGAAAACAUGCCAAGAAAAGUCCAACUGUUGAUCCAAAAUUAAAAAUAUUAUCUUGUCCUUCCCUGCAAGCUCAAACCAAUGGAGAUUACUCAGAUUCAAUUUUCAAGGAGAAAUAGGAGCAACAACUAUACUCAUUAGAGGCAUGUUGGAAGAAACGAGUAGCAUCUUUGCCAAGCUUUUUGCUUUUGCUUUGCUAUUAUUAUUACUGUCAUCAAAAUGUAACACUGUUGGAGAUGCACACCAAAUCCAACUACAAUUCAACCAUUCGCAUGGGAAAUUUAAACCCAUAGAUAUCGAAGAUCAUUAUCAGAAUUACGUGGCGAUAAAAAAUCUAACAUCACACAGGUUGCCAAUUCUAUGUACUGUCACAAAUUAUGAAACUACAUUCUCUGCAGAAACCAAUGUGUUUACGAGGAGAGUCAAGGCCAACGUACUUUGUGCGCUGCCUGCAAAAGGUAAAGCAACAACGGGAAACGAAUCUUCAACCAGUUACAUGUCUCGACAUAAGUAUGGAAUUGCUAGCGAACUUGCUAGUCUAAUCGGCGGCUACCUGUGGUUAAAGCCUGGAACGGUUGUCUAUGGGCAGUGUGACAGAAUUAGUGACUUAGACAUUGUUGCUUUUGAUUUGAACAGCCGCAAUCCAACGCCAAAUGCAGGAGGGAUCAUUGAAAUGGCUGCAACUUUAUCGUUUUCGACAUCCAAGCCGGUUCACUAUUAUACAGAGUUAGGCAUUUCUGCUCCAGUAAGAUCGAAUCUCAGCGAGUUUGUUAGCAUAAGCCCUGACGAGAAGAACCACAAGAAUACACAAUUAACAGGGUUUUGGAUUGAUAUUUUUAAGAAAGCUACUGCAAUAAUGGCAACAGACACCACAAGGAAAAAUAAAAUGAUUCGACUUUGUGGUGCUUCUAUUGAUGAAUCGCUGAAUGAAGUUUCACGCAAGGAUUAUGAUGCAGCCGUUGGCUUACCAGUAAUUAGGGAUUACCAAAGAAUGGUGACAGACCAGUAUGUAGAACUAUCAUCUCCAUAUUUUGAAAAAGGCUCAGAUCAAUUGAGGAAGGAAGACCUUGAACUGAACCAAGUUUUUUCAUUCAUGAUGCCUUUCACCAACGUGAUGUGGUUUACUUUGUCAGCUAUGACGGUCUUCAAUGUUUUUGUUAUUUGGUUAGUUGAAUCUACAACUAGUCAUGAAUCUGGUAGUUUGCCUUUCGGACAAGUUGGAGCUAUUUUGUGGCACCCUAUAGCAACUCUCUUCUAUGGAGGGCAUAGAGAAUCACCGAGGAACAACUUAACAUAUUUCGUGUUGGCCCCGUGGUUCAUACUGAUCCUGGUUGUUUCUGUUAGAACAAAGUUAGCAGCAACAAUAUACAAACAACUAUAAAUUUGCUUAAGAACAAAAAUGAAACCGAGAGCAAGAGAGAGUGAACUUGAGCACACACUUGGAUGAUAAAAUCAGCAGCAUUCAUCAUCUGUAUUUUUUUUUUUGAGAACUAAAAUACAAAGUUUAUAAGUCAAAA